CCUGUCUAUCCACUACGUCCAAAGCUUAACGAACGGGAGAUCGUUCCCCAAGCAAAAGUACCUAAAAAGGUCGACAAGCUCAUAGCUCUGCCGCAAGUAGAGGAAGAAGUGUCGAAAGAUUUAUGGCUAAAAUCCUCCUCGGAGGCUAUAAAACCUAAGUAGACAGCACAUGGAAAGAACGAAUUUGACAUGAUCUUCAAAAGGGACGAUGAUAGGAGAAUCACCAGACUACUCGUUUUAUUACCCUGACAACAAGGAAUGUGAUUCACAUCUUCGAUUCUACCACCUCUAAAAAAAACCAUGAUCGAACGAGAUGAAGCUCAACGGGCAACGAUAAAUCAAGGCUCACCAGGAGACGAGGAGCGUCGUGGCAACGUG